ACAGAAAGCAUUGAGAGAAGAAGAGACAGAGAAGAGCAGAGGAGAGAACAAUGUUUGACUUCACAUCACUUCUCUUCCCUCUGAUUCUGACAUGGAUGCUCACAUUUACAGAUGUUCAAACAUUCAGAGAGGAGACUGUCAGAGUUGGAGAUGAAGUCACUUUGAAAUGUGAAAAUGCAAAUGAUUUCAGUGAUGGAUGUUACAGGAUCAUCUGGAUCUACAGUCAGUCAACUAAAUCAACAUUUACCCUGUUUGAAAACGGGAAGAUUCACAAAGAUGUUGGAUCUAAAUCAGACAGACUGAGUCUUACAGAGAAAUGUUCUCUGUUUAUAAAGAAGAUCACAGAUGAAGAUGCUGGAAGAUACACCUGCAGACAGUUCAACACAUCAGGACACAUGGAGACAGAUUUUGAUCUUGAACUGACUGUUAUAAAUACAAAUGAUGUGACAUCAACACCUAAACCAACAUUUAAACCAUCCUCUAAAACAAGAGCGUUCAAGUCAACAACCACAUUGAAGUCGUCAUCAUCUUCAGCUAAUUCCAGAUCAACCACAGCAUCAGCUCUGCUAUCAUCAGAUACGCACACUGCAGCCACAAACCUCCACUUUAAAACAGGUGUUUGGUGGAGGAUCAUCUAUGUUCCUGUGGGUGUAGCAGCACUCUCAGUCAUCACUGUAUCAGUCUGGAUCUGGACCAGAACAUGAGGAGCAGAAUGAAGAAGAAGUCUUUGAAGAUCUGCCUGAUUCUCUGUAACUCCACUGAUGAACACAUUGAAAGAUUUCUCUGCUGCAGUUACAGUUCAACAAAAGCUGCAAAGUUAACUUUAUUUUUAUUUAAUAUUGCUUUACCAGCUUUUCAAAAAGUAAUAUUGCAGAUUUGGAGCAUAACACAGAAAUGUUAUCACAGGUAUAUGAUAAACUGU